AUGGAGUGGAGUACGUUGGAAUAUCUACAUCUACACCAUAUAAGGCGCGGGGUUAGGCCUUCGCAGCCUCCAACUGCUUCCUUUCAUCCUCAUCAAGCUCUUGUUAUUGUUGCCAUUGGAACCUACAUCGUCGAAUUUGAUGCAUUAACUAGAGGCAAGAUUUCUGCUCUUGACAUUAGUGCGCCUGUUGAUUCUACAAUAAGAUCUUGUGAUUUUGACUUGGAGCAAACUUGUGUACUGCAUUCACCUGAGAAAAAGACUGAGCAAAUUUCUUCUGAUACAAAAGUUCAUAUGGAUUUAUCCCCACUUCAACCUAUUGUGUUUUUUGGGUUCCCUAAGAGAACGAGUGUGAUAGUUGUUAGAACUGUUGAAGGCGGUCGGGCACCUACCAUAAUCAAGCCAGAAUUGAAGAAGGCUAUCAUAAAUCUUGCUUGUCAUCCUCACCUUCCUGUACUGUAUGUUGCUUAUGCAGAAGGUUUGGUUCGGGCAUAUAACAUUCAUACCUAUGUUGUUCAUUACACACUUAAACUUGACAAUACAAUUAAGCUUAUUGGGGCUGGUGCAUUUGCAUUUCAUCCAACUCUGGAGUGGGUUUUUGUUGGGGAUCGGAAGGGUACACUUCUGGCAUGGGAUGUAUCAACAGAGAGACCAAGUAUGAUUGGAAUAAAACAAGUUGGCUCACAACCAAUUAAAUCAGUUUCCUUUCUCCCCAUGUUGCAUUUACUUGUGACUCUAUCUAAGGAUGUAAAUCUACACGUUUGGGAAGCACGUGUUACAAUUAAUCCUAAUAGACCUGCUACGCAGGCUAACAUUUUUGAGCCUACAACAAUUGAAUCAAUUGAUAUCCCUCGCAUCCUUUCUCAACAGGGUGGAGAAGCAGUUUAUCCAUUGCCACUAAUUAAAGCUUUAGAAUUUCAUCCAAAAUUGAAUUUAGCUGCACUAGUAUUUACAAAUAUGACAAGUGAAGACACUUCAAAAAAUAAAGCCUCAUACAGUAAAGAAGGGAGAAAGCAACUUUUUAUAGUUUUACAAAGUGCAUGGGGAUCUUCAGCAUCUGUUAUAAAGGAAAAAAUUUCAGCCUUGGGAGCACCUGGAGUGUUAGCAGAACAUCAGCUUCAAGCUCAACUACAAGAGCAUCAUCUGAAAGGCUAG